UCGUUUUCUGAUUGAGCAGUGCAUGUAUCUGGACAGUGUGUGUCUUAAUGUUUCAUUUUGUCUUUGUGAUGCUAGUUAAACCUCGAGAUAAUUCUCUCUUGUCUUCCUUUUCAAAGUUCUUUCCCUAAUUGCUUUUGUUUUCAACUCUGGGAUGAUACAGGUGGUUUUCUUCUUGGAACAACUCUUGCUGUUCUUACUACCUUGACAUUGGGAACAUCAAUGGCUGGUCGUCAAGGUCCAGUAGCUAUGGCUGCUCAUCAGAUAUGUAUACAAGUUUGGUUGGCUGUAUCCCUUCUAACUGAUGCAAUGGCUGCAUCUGGUCAGGCCCUGAUUGCUACUUAUUUAUGUAAAGGUGAAUACAAAAUUGUGAAAGAAGUUGCUGACUCCGUGUUAAAGGGUCUAAAAGAAAUGGUUGAGUGUUUGUCUGGAACUUUGACUAAGUCAACUGAUGCUAUUGGGCAAGACGAUAUUGAAGGUCCAGGAAUGAAACCAACAAACCUCCUGAGUCAUUCAGGUCAAAAAAUCUCCAACCCACUUUGGAAUGGCAGAACAAGUGUUAGAAGGCCAUAAAGAAAUAGCCACAAGUUCUGAUACAUGUACAUAAAAAGUGUGAAGUUCAAACCUACAGACAACAAGGGAAGAAGGAAGCUCUGUC